AUGCUUCCCACACCAGACACGUCGCAUGUCGACUACGAUCAGAUCUACGAACCCGCCGAAGACUCAUACCUCCUCCUCGACACGCUCUCCUCACCCUCAGAAACCGCUNUUUUGCACUCGCACUUUCGCUCCAGUCAUGCGCCGCUAGUCGUCGAGGUCGGCACUGGCAGUGGUGUCGUUCUCGCCUUUCUCGCUGCCAACAGCUCCACCAUAUUCGAUCGCUCCAUCUGCACUCUAGGCACUGAUCUCAAUCGUCGGGCUUGCAUUGCUGCGUCCAAGACUGUGCGAAAGGCUUGCGACAAUCAAGCUGCGCCAUUCUUGACUGUCGCUAAUGCCGACCUGACGUCUGCACUCAAAGACGGAGAGGUUGAUGUACUGGUGUUCAACCCGCCGUAUGUCCCUGCCGAACUGCCGGACCUGAGUCUACAUGCAAAAUACAACACUGCCGACGGGUUGACUUCAUCAGAGGCUUUCGACCGCGACUCGCAUCUUCUGGCUUUGAGCUAUGCUGGCGGUAUCGAUGGCAUGGAAGUCACCGAUCGCUUGCUGGACGAAAUACCGCGAGUCUUGAGUCAAAGAGGUGUCGCAUAUGUCUUGUUUUGCGCCCAGAACAAGCCUGAAGAUAUCAAGAACAGGAUUAGACAAUGGCCCUGUGGCUGGGAAGCCGAGACUGUAGGCACCUCUGGCANNAAAAAAGCUGGCUGGGAAAAACUGUGCAUUGUCAGGAUCAUGAGAAAGACAAAAGACUGA